AUUGUUGACUGUUGAGGGUUACACAAUCUUGGGUUUUGUGCUUUAUGCAUCAUUGCGUUGUGGAAACAUUCUUGUAAACAUCUAGACUCUAGAGGUAAACAGUACUAUCUAUGUUGCCAAACAACAAUUUUCACUUUAAGAGGCAGAGAAGGCUCCUCCUCUCAGAAACCCUAACAUCCGCCGAAUAGUUCUGGCUUCAAUCUCUUCUUCCGCCGCCAUACUCGACGGGUGAAGCGGCCAGCAGGAGGAAUUAGGUCUUUCUCUACGGAAAAGAACUAUCUUUUAAAGCGUUUGGCUGCGUCUGCGUUCGAAGGUUGAAACAGCGUUUUGUAAUGCGAAAGCACUAAGAAAGCAAUAAGUUACCUGUGCGAGCUCUCCACUUCAGUUCGUCCUCAAUUUCAUACUCAUCCUUGACAAUGAAACGAUGGUAUAUUUUUACGACCCGUUCUAGUGUGAGAAUUGGAGGUGCUGAGAAUGAGGACAGGAUCAGUGACUUGCCUGAAGCUCUGCUUCUGCAGAUAUUGUCUUUACUUCCAGUAAAAGAUGUUGUAGCCACUAGUGUAUUGUCUAAACCAUGGAGGUCUCUCUGGAAGCUGGUGCCCAAACUCAAGUUUGAUUAUGAAAACAAUCAAAGUGAACACGAGACAUACUCAGAGAUUGUUAGCAGGCUUUUGCUUUCCAAUAAAGCUCCGGUUCUAGAGAGUUUGCAUCUCGAUUUUGAGAAUGGCAAGUGUCGUUCUGUGGAUGUUGGAAUGUGGAUUGGAAUUGCGUACGCACGCCGUGUGCGUGAGUUGGUACUCCAUGUUAUAUCUAAGAAAAGGUCUUUCAAAUUUCCUACAAGCUUGUAUAACUGUGAUACUCUAGAGAGCUUGACACUCAGGAGUUGGGUCCUCGUUGAUGUCCCUUCUCCGGUUUGUCUCAAGUCUCUUAGAACUCUGCGUCUUGAGUGUGUGGAGUACCAAGACGAAGAAACAUUUGUUAACCUUUUAUCUGGCUGCCCUAAACUUGAAAAUCUGGAUGUAAAUCGAGGAGAUCAACUGGAUGUGGCGACUUUCACAAUUGCCAUGCCAUCUUUACAGAGACUAACAAUUCGAGAUUAUUCUGAUGCACAAGAGUGUGGUGGCUAUGUAAUCAAUGCUCCUUCUUUGAAAUACUUGCUAAUUUAUGGCCUAAAGUCUCUUGAGUUUUGUCUGAUCGAGAAUGCGCCGGAGUUGGUGGAGGCAACUAUUAUGGAUGUGUCUGAGAUAAUCACUGAGAGGCUUCUGGAAUCUUUCACUUCUGUCAAACGUCUUUCCUUGGCUUUAUCCCCCUUGGAGAUUAAGUUUCCUACUGGUAGCAUCUUCUAUCAGUUGGUAUCUUUGGAGCUAUAUACACAUAAACCAGAGUGGUGGAAUCUACUUGUGCUCAUGCUCGAUAGCUCUCCUAAAUUGCAAAUCCUCAAGCUCAUUGGUUCUCAGAGACGGUCUUGUAAAAAUUAUCAUUCAGCCUUUAGGAAUUGGAAUCAACCAAAGAAUGUUCCUGGAUGUUUGUUGUUUCAUCUCGGUUCAUUCAUGUGGAAAGGCUGCAACAGGCUAGGAGAAGAUGAAAGAGAGGUGGCGAAAUACAUCCUAAGAAACACUAAUCGUUUGAAGAGAGCAACUUUCUCCAGAAUAAUCUAUGAAGAGAACAGUUCUCUAGACAUGGCUGAGAUGGUUGAGAUGAGGAAGGAUUUGGAAAGUGUGGUCAGGGCUUCAAAUUCAUGUCAGCUUGUAUUCGAAUGUAAGAAAGAUAGUCUUAUGUAACUUUUUAUUAUGAUGAUGUUCAGUUGGGCGUACUGAGUUCUAGUAUGGCCUUUGUUUGACC